UUGGUCGGUUGUUGAUACGAGAGUGUGCGUGUUUAAUAUUCGCGUGUGUUGGUUCGGCGCGAUUGUAUUUGUGUGCCGAAUGACGCGGCUACGAGUCGCACGUAUCCCGAGCGACAGGGUGAACUGAGCAACUUUAGAAUCCAUGGUAGACCGUAGAGCGACAGACGGACCUCAGAGAGUAGUAUAAUAUAACGGGGAGUGAGAGAAUAUAACUUUGAUAUUUCAACGGAAAACGAAAAAAUAACGUCGGCACUUGAAUGAGUGGAUGGGCACAACGAUUGAGGAUACGAUAAUAAAUAAGUUAUUCGAAAACAGAGAUAUCGAAGAGAAAAAAGAAGAGGAAAAAAAAGAAAAUCCAAACGAGUACAUAAUUAUUUUGUACAUGUUCUCUCGAAUAUGCAGUGUGUCAAUACGUGUUACAGUUUUCGGUGUAGUUAGUACGUACGACAAAAGUAUUGCCAUUAUCGUAUGAAUAAAAUAAAUUGUGUGUAAAAUAUCGCAGCGGAUAAUAUCGAGUGGUAUAAUAAUUAUUGUAAAUCGUAACGGAAACCGACCACCGGAAUAAUACGAUAUCGAGAGAAAAGAGAGAAGGAAAAAAAUUAAAGUAAAGAAGAGUUGGCUAGAAGAUUUUCGAUUAUGACGCGCAACUACCGUAUUAAAUCGAGCGUUGCUCGUCGAGGAUCAUGCAGCACCGGACAAAUAUAAAAUAAUAUCCAGUGUUGACUGACGCGCGCGUUAUGUGAAGAAACUGUGUCGAUUAACAUCGGCUUGUGUACCGUGACUGAAGAUCGUAUAAGAUAUAUAUAAAUAUACAUAUAUAUAUUUAUUCGAUCGUAGGUCGUUCACAGCGGGCCUCGGCCUACCGAUUUUUUUUAUCGCUGUUGUCACCGCGAUAAGACCCUACCCGACGAUUAUUUAACUAUUUAUUAAAAAAAAAAAAAAACAAACAAAUAACAAAAUUGAACGAUCAAUCGUUGAUUAAAACAUGUACGCCAAAGGUAAAGGUUCAACUGUACCCUCGGACGGUCAAGCCCGUGAAAAACUCGCGCUCUACGUGUACGAGUACCUUCUUCACGUUGGGGCCCAAAAAGCAGCACAGACAUUCCUUUCGGAGAUCCGAUGGGAGAAAAACAUCACACUCGGCGAACCUCCGGGAUUUUUGCAUUCGUGGUGGUGCGUUUUUUGGGAUCUGUACUGCGCCGCACCGGAGAGACGUGACACGUGCGAACACAGUAGCGAAGCCAAAGCUUUUCACGACUACGGCUUUGUGAACAGCGGGUACGGUGUAAACGGAAUUGCUCACAAUGCCGGUCCAGCGCCGUCUCCGCUUGGGCAGAUGCCACCGAACGACGGUAUGCCCGGUGGCCCGAUGCCUCCAGGCUUUUUUCAAAACAACUCGACAAUGCGACCAUCUCCGCCCACACACCCCUCAUCACAGCCAUCUCCUCAGCACCCCCAGCCACCCCCGCCCCCACACUCGCAGAUGAUGUCCACCCAGUUCAUGGGACCAAGAUAUCCUGCUGGACCACGGCCUGGCGUUCGUAUGCCGCAAAUGGCAAACGACUUUAACGGACCUCCCGGACAACCGAUGAUGCCGAACAACAUGGAUCCGACAAGACAAGGCGAAGCUGGAGAGUUUGUAGGGUGGCAAGGACCUCCAGGAAUGAACCCAAUGAAUCCUCGGAUGAAUCCACCUCGCGGACCAGGAAUGGGACCAAUGGGACCGGGAAGUUACGGUCCCGGUAUGCGAGGACCACCACCAAACAGUAGUUUGGGACCAGGGGGCCCUGGCGGUCCCGGAAUGCCACCAAUGAGCAUGGCCGGUCCCGGUGGCAGGCCACAAUGGCAGCCGAACACCUCAGCGCCAAUGAACUACUCGUCAUCCUCCCCCGGUAAUUACGGCGGUCCUCCGGGAUCAACGGGUCCUCCAGGACCUGGUACACCUAUCAUGCCAAGUCCUCAAGAUAGCAGUAACAGUGGCGGUGAAAAUAUGUACACUAUGAUGAAACCAGUACCUGGAGGAAACAUGCCCGGCGAUUUCCCUAUGGGCGGAGGCCCCGAAGGUGGUCCGAUGGGACCUAUGGGUCCGAACACGAUGGGCCCGGUGUUGAACGGUGACGGUAUGGACGGUAUGAAAAACAGUCCAGCAAAUGGCGGCCCCGGAACACCUCGUGAGGACAGCGGAAGCGGGAUGGGCGAUUACAAUCUGGGUGGUUUUGGUGGUCCAGGCGAGAACGAUCAGACCGAGUCGGCGGCCAUCCUCAAAAUCAAGGAGAGCAUGCAGGAGGAAGCGAAGAGGUUUGAAAAGGAUUCAGAUCACCCAGAUUAUUUCAUGCAAUAAACAAUAAAUUAAAUAAGACCUUUACGAAAACAAACAAAAAGAAUACAAGAAACAAAACAACAGAUCUACAAGAACACUAGAUAACCUUACUACGUUCUAGCAUCCCCACAGAUCCCGAUUUUUCCCUUUUUCUUUCCUUUCCCACGACAAAAUUCCUCGACUUUACCACCCCUCUUCCUCUCGACACUGUCAGUCGACUAUAAACAAGAAAAAACAACAAAAAAAUGGAACGAAAAUUGUCAGAAAAAUUGCUGCGGUGAAAAGCUAAGCAUGCACAAACCAUUCCUUUGAAAUAUCUCUCAUUGUAAAAAAAAGAAAAGAGACUAAAAAAAUGAAGAAAAUAAAUAUCACACACGUACACACAGACACACACACACACACUGAAGAGAAACCAUUAUGUGUAACAACUACAUAUAGAAGAAUAUAAAAAGAGAAAAAGAAUAUAUAUAUAUAAAUAUAUAUACCUAUGUAAUACACAUUUACACACUAGAAAUACAAAACAAAAAACGAAAGAAACCAACAACAACAAUAAUAAUAUUAAUAAUAAUAGUAAUAAUAAUGAUAAUGAUAAUAUUAAUAAUGGUAACAAAGAGAAUAAAUAAAAUGAAUGAAGUUGGAAACAAAAGAAAAGAAAGAUUAUUAGGAAACACUUUUUCUACCGCAUUAUCAUGUAAUACCUCGGUUAUAAUGUUUUAAUCGUCGAAAUAUGUCCGGUACGCAACGUAUAUUAUCUACGUAUACAUAUUAUACAUAAAUAUUAUAAAUACAUACAACAGUGAAUUUGAUUAAUAAUUAUAUGAAAUGCAGAUCAGAUCGAUUGUACGUUUAUUUAUGUUUAUAUAUAUAUAUAUGCAUACAUACAUAUAUAUAUAUAUAUAUCUAUAUAAAUAUCUCAUGUGAUGAUUAUUGAUGAUGAUGAUGAUAUAUACAAUAGAUAAAUAUAAUUCGUCUCAAUUUUUUCUUUUUUUUUUUCGUCAUCUCGAUUCUAUUUAAUUUAAUUAUUUUUCUUCUGAAUCCUACUUUUCUAAAUCCUCGAUUAUUCGACAUCGAUUUACUUUUUCUUUUUUUCGAUCUCCUAAACUAUCAAUCGAACCAAUGAAUGUAUAUGUAAUUCUAUAUAUCACGUUUAUAUAUGUGUAUAUAUAUAUAUAAAUCGAUACGGAUCAUACGCGGAAAAUAUGUACGUAAUUUCGUACGUGAUUUUGGCGGGGAUAAGAAACAUACGAAACAAACAAAAAAAAAAAAUACCUUUUUUCUACAAAUAUAUAUAUAUAAAAAAUGAAAAACCAUAUAUGUAUAUUAUUUAUUCGAUACAG